CAUUCUUAAAUAUGUUGUUUGUAAGAAUGUGGGUGUACGUCUGAAGAUGAUGCACGUCCCCAAACUAUGUCCAUAAUCCGGCCUGCGGGAAAUCCCAUAUUUAAAAUUAUUUUUUUUGUAUAUACCGUAUUUCCUUGUAUUGCCGCCUGGGCGCUAAUUAAUUUAAAACCCUUUCUCACUCCUGCGCUUACCAAAGGCAUGCGGUAAAAAUAAGCAUGCGCUAAUUAUUUUAAAACCUCUUCUCACUCCAGCACUUACCAAAGGCAUGCAGUAAAAAUUGGAAUGUGAUGUAAGCUUGGACCUUAAAAGGGAACAUUAUCACCAGACCUAUGUAAGCUUCAAUAUAUACAUUGAUGGUGCAGAAAAAAGACCAUAUAUAUUUUUAACCGAUUUCCGAACUCUUCGCUUUUUUUGCGAAGACGUCAGAACGUGACAUCUCCCAGGUAAUACAGCCGCCAUUUUCAUUUUCAACACAUUACAAACACCGGGUCUCAGCUCUGUUAUUUUCCGUUUUUUUGACAAUUUUUUUGGAACUUUGGAGACAUCAUGCUUCGUCGGUGUGUUGUCGGAGGGUGUAACAACACUAACAGGGAGGGAUUCAAGUUGCACCACUGGCCCGAAGAUGCGAAAGUGUCUCCCGCCAGACCCCCGUUGAAUGUGCCAGAAUGUCUCCACAUUUUACCGGCGAUGACACACAUGGCACAGAGAUGUAUGGAUAACCUGCAGAUGCAUUUGCGAUAAAGUCAACGAAAUCACAAAGGGUGACGUUGGUCGUUCCUGGCCGAGUAGUACUCUUUCCUGCUAGCGGCAGACGUGAAAUGGAGCCAUCACUGCCUGCUUUGAAACCAGUCAGAAUAUAUCUCCUCAUGUGCAUCUGAAUGAGAAGGCCUUCAUUUCAAUUUAACAGACUUCUGUGAAGAACAUCUUCUCCCUGAGCAACAGGAGUAGAGCUUCAGGAUGGAUGAGGAGGAGCCACAGCCCUCCCACCUUAAGAAGGAAGACGAGGCGCCACAUACUCUGCACAUUAAAAAAGAAGAGUACCCAAUGGAGGAGGCUUCACAGCCCCCUCACAUUAAAGAGGAAGGGGAGGAACACAGCAUCAGUCAGGAGGGAGAGCAACUCGAAUAUUUGGAGGAAUUUGCAGUGAUUGGUGUGAUUGUGAAGAGUGAAGAUGAUGAGGUCAAAGGUGAAAGUGAGAAGAAGAGAGAGGCGGAGCCUCCAAACAGCAGCUCAACUCAACACAUAACAGAAACUGAUGGAGACCACUGUGGAGGAUCACAAGCAGACAAGAUCUUAGCUCCACUAUCAGAUAGUGACGACACAACGUCUCACUCUCCUGACACUGAUGAUGAAGACUCUGAAGAUGAUAAGACAUGUCACACUGACAACACACACUUUACAUGUUCUCACUGUGACAAAACUUUCAAACGCUCUAGUUGUCUUAAAAGACACAUGAGAACGCACACUGGAGAAAAACCUUUUACUUGUUCAAUCUGUGGUAAAGGUUUUAUACAAAGGGAAGAUUUGAAAAGACACAUGAGAAUACACACUGGAGAAAAACCUUUUACCUGUUUAGUAUGUGCUAAAGGUUUUGCACAAAGUGAAGAUUUGAAAAGACACAUGAGAACACACACUGGAGAAAAGCCUUUUUCUUGUUCAAUAUGUGGUAAAUGUUUUACGCAAAGUGCUGGUUUGAAAAGACACAUGAGAAUACACACUGCAGAUAAACCAUUCAUGUGCUCAAUUUGUAGUAAAAGAUUCACCCAGAAGGGACAUUUGAGAAUGCACACAAAAUUACACACUGAUAAAAAACAUUUAAAAGGUGGUAAAUGUUUUACACAACGUCACAAUUUGGAACUACACAUGAGAAUUCAUACUGGAGAAAAACCUUUUUCAUGUUCAGGUUGUGGUAAAGGUUUUACGCAAAGUCACGAAAUGAAACUACACAUGAGAACACACACUGGAGAAAAACCUUUUUCCUGUUCAGUAUGCGGUAAACGUUUUACACGUAGUACCCCUUUGAAAACACACAUGAGAAGACACACUGGAGAAAAACCUUUUUCAUGUUCAAGUUGUGGUAGAUGCUUUAUACAAAGUCACGAAUUAAAAAUACACUUGAGAACCCACACUGGAGAAAAGCCUUUUAUCUGUUCAGUAUGCGGUAAACGUUUUACACGUAGUACCUAUUUGAAAACACACAUGAGAAUACACACAGGAGAGAGAGUGUUGAGUUGCAGUGUGUGUGAUGAAAGAUUCUCUUAUAAGUACCAGUGUAAGAAACACAAGUGUGCUGGUGAGAACAGCAGCAACAAACUCUGACUCUCUAACAUCAUCUGCACGUAAAACAUGUGUGACAUCAUUGUUGUGUGUACAAUGCAAUCCAUCUAUUAUGCUAAAGAUAAGAGAUAAGACAUGUAAGAUUACUGCUCUUUUUCAGUCAUGUACAUGAAUUGAUAUACGACAUUGUGUACAACAUGAAGGGAACAUUUUGGUGAGAGUUAAUAGUGCAAAACCAAAGUUGCAUCUAAUAAACAUUCAUAAUUCACCUUUUUCUAUACUUUCAUAGUAGGGUUUUAUAUAUAUAUAUAUAUUGUUUUUUAAAUAAAUGUUACACAUUUACAUUUCUAAUUGUAAAUUACUCCAUAGAUUAAGUUGUUUAUAUUUGCUUUACAUUUGUUCAUUCCUUUGCUUUUAAUUACGCAUAAAUCCCUCUUAGUUAAUAUUUACUGGAUCACAUCUGAAACAUCUUCUGGACCAUUUCUGGAUGCAUAUUAUUAUUUACUUUAUACAUAGUUUGAGCAGUUGUCUUUCAUACGAGAUCAUUUACUUUUAAAAUGUAUGACUUCGUAAUUAAUUUGUUGAGUCUUGAUAAUUGAUGCUAUUGGCUUUAUUACUCUCUUAUGUAAUAUGAAUAUUGUUUAAUGAUUGUUUCAUAUGUAUGUCUCCAGACCUUUGUUGCAAUAAACAAUGUAUGCUUCAACAAAAGUUGGGAACAUUUUAAA